CGUGCGGCGCGUUCCUUCGAAUAUGUUUAGUGUUUUUCUAGCUCCCUAGCAGGAAACAAACUAUAGUUUACGAUACAUAUAUUUGAUUAGUAAACCUUCUGGUUAUUUUUGAAGUAAGUAGUUAUAUGUUUACCUAUUUGUAAUAGCUACUGUUUUUAAACGUUUGUCUCUAGACCCUGAGAAACAUAGCUAGCUAGUAACAUGUACCUUGUCGAUAGGUAGCUAUAGAUAUAUUAGCUAGCUAACGUUAGAUUGCAUUGAUUGCUAGUUGGCAAACUAAAAGCAAUCCGUAAAUAGUCAUAGUAAAUAACAGUUCUCGGCGGCAAAGUAUAAGCAUAAAUCUUUGUAGGUAGUUACUUGACUGUUGAAUGUUGACUCUGAAAGCACAACAGACUGAAUUCGACAAAUGGUAGCUAACCAGCUAUCUAAAGCAAGUCUAACACGUUACUAGGCUAGCAGCAAGAUAGCCAGCUGGAUAUAGCUAGUAACUUAUGUAUUUUUCUGUUGCGUACCUGUCUGACGGAAGACAUGCCCUUGUCAACUCAAUCUGAAGCGGGUGAUGACCAGUACAUUCUAGUAGCUAGUCUGGACAAUGUCAGGAACCUCUCCAACAUCCUUAAAGCCAUUACUUUUAAAGAUCAUGCCCUGUUCAAUGCGACACCCAACGGAUUAAAAGUCACCGUGGAAGACUCCAAAUGUCUCCAAGCAAACGCCUUCAUUCAGGCUGAAAUAUUCCAAGAGUUCACUAUUCAGGAAGAUUCAGUGAGCUUCCAGGUCAAUCUGGCAGUUCUUUUGGACUGUCUCACCAUCUUUGGGGGAAGCACUGUACCAGUGACAACUGCCCUUCGGAUGUGCUACAAUGGCUACGGGUUCCCUCUCACCCUGUUUCUUGAGGAGGGAGGAGUGGUGACUGUGUGCAAGAUCAACACAGAAGAGCCUGAGGAUCCCAUUGACUUUGAGUUCUGCAGCACAAAUGUCACCAACAAGGUGAUCUUGCAGUCCGAUAGCUUGAGAGAGGCCUUCUCUGAGCUCGACAUGACAAGCGAGAUCCUGCAGAUCACAAUGUCGCCCAGUGAGCCCUACUUCAGACUGUCUACAUUUGGGAAUUCUGGGAAUGCCCACUAUGACUAUCCCAAGGACUCUGAUAUGAUGGAGCUCUUUCAGUGCACAAAGACUCAGACAAACCGGUUUAAGAUGUCCCUCCUGAAGCCCUCAACCAAAGCGUUGGCUCUGUCAUGUAAAGUAUCGGUCCGUACUGACAACCGAGGAUUCCUGUCCCUUCAGUAUUUGGUGAGAAACGAUGAUGGACAGAUCUGUUUUGUGGAGUACUAUUGCUGCCCGGAUGAAGAGGUCGAAGAGGAGUAGUUUGCUUCUCAAGGAAACAAGCUUUUCCUUUCAUUUUCAAGCUUACUCCAGCUACUGAAAUAUAAACAUUGCCAUUUAUUUGAAUGUAAUAAUGCACAUGUAAUAACGUUCUGUACAUUUUUCGGGAAGUUUUGUUCCUGGUUUUCUAUGCGUGUAUAUGUUUGUGUAUAUGUAUAUAACCAAUUUGGAGUUAUUUCUUGCAUUUGUAGAAUUAUCCUUUAAUUAUUGUGUAAAUACUGAACGGAAGAAUAGGUCUCUGGAUUUUAAUAAACAAAAUGAUGUAUACAAAUAA